UCAGUUUCAAAUCAUUUUCUGUUGAGAAACAUUGAAAUGAUGAAGUUACUCCAAUAUGUCUCGUUGGUUUCAUUGUUGGUGGUCUUCGCGUUUGUCAAAGCAGACGACGAAUUGUAUUCCGACAAGUAUGAUUACAUAGAUCCCAAGGAAAUCGUCGCCAAUGAUCGUUUAAGGGAUGAGUAUUAUAAUUGUUUCAUGGACAUCAACCCUUGUGUUACCCCGGACGCCAUAUUCUUCAAAUCGAAUUUACCGGAGGCAAUAAUAACUAAAUGCAAGAAGUGUACAGAAAAGCAAAAGGAAAACUUUGAAUUUAUAGCUGUCUGGUAUACCGAUAAUCGUCCAGAUGAAUGGAAUGCUCUCAUUAAAAAGUUCAUGGAAGAUGCAAAGAAACAGAACAUAGAUAAUUCCAAAUAGUAUAGGUACCGAUGUUAUUUUUACGAAUCAAUUAUAGAAAGGAUAAAACGAAUAGUGUUAUUUUUUUUUUUCUAUUCUAUGCGAAACAAAAAUUUAAUUAAUACAUUUAAAUCAAUUAAUGAGCAAUACGAACGGGAAAAUAUAUUAAAACAACUGGAAUGAA